AUGCAGGUGGCUGUGCUGCUGCUGCUGGGGCUGCUGCAGGCAGAGGGCAGAUGUUUCUUCAACCGCACCCAGGAGCACUGCACCUGCUACAACCUGUCUGAGGAGAGCUCAGGCAGCAUCAUCCAGUGCCUCCCAGCCACUGUGGUGGAGUUCUGGGGGGGAGAGCUGCAGAGAUACGUGGGCCUCCCCAUCACAGACCUGGACCCCUCCAUCAUUGACACACUGAGCUCCCUGGGCAUCAGGAAAAUCGUUUUUGGGGAUCUCCUGGUGCCCGAGGUACUCCUUGCCCGAGUCCUCAGGUUCUUCUCCUAUACCCAGGUGCAGGAGCUGGCGUUUGAGCGCUGCACUUUCGAGGGGCAGGGCGACUGGCAGCAAAUGGCCGGCUGGGAGCUGCCCAUCCUGUCCCUGCGCUUCCACCAGGUGAGCUCCGCGCCGCUGGCGGGCCGGGAGCAGGACCUGCGGAGCCUGAGCCGCUGGCUGGGGGCGCUGCAGGAGCUGUCUGUCACCGGCUGCAGCGUCGCCAGCCUGCCCUGUGCCGUCGGCAGCCUCUUCACAGCCCUGCGCUCGCUGGACGUGGCGCACAACAGCCUCGGGGACGAGAGCCUGGGGUCUGCCUUCUGCCCGGGAGCUUUCCCUCGGCUCCAGGCACUGAGCCUGCGGCACAACCACCUCAGGUCCUACCACGCUGUCUGCCAGAGCCUGCAGCUGCUGCCCGAGCUCCAGCACCUGGAUCUGAGCCACAACAAGUUGCUGACAGCCCCGACCUCCUCCUGCCAGUGGCCACUGUCCCUCCGAAGCUUUAACUUGUCCAGCACUGGCUUGGACGAAGUCCCCACAGCUCUGCCUCGCAGCCUGGAGGUGCUGGACAUGAGCUACAACCACCUCCGUGCCGUAGACCUCUCCCUCGGCUCCCUGAAGAAGCUCUUCCUGAGCCACAACCUGCUGCAGGCUGCGCCCCCGCUCGGGCAGUGCCCCAUGCUGGACACCCUGACCCUGGGCAAUAACUGGCUGCGGGAGCUGCCCUGGGACGAGGUGAAGCAGCUGCGGGAGGUGGCAGCCCCUGGCAACCCCUACGACUGCUCCUGCUCCAGCGCCGGGGGGCUGCAGGUGCUGGCGGGCAGGGGGCAGCUCGGGCAGGGCUGGCCCCAGGACUACGUGUGCCAGGCCCCGCCUGGCUACCAGGGCACGCCGGUGGCGGCCGUGCCGGUGUCGGUGCUGCGGUGUCACCCUGCUGCGGUCAUUGUCCCUCCCUGCCUCAUCCUCGCCCUGCUCGGCGCCGCCGCCGCCGGCUGCCUGCUCAGAGAGCAGGUGCUGGAGCUGGCAAGGCCCCAGCUGGCCCUGGUUCCCCUUGGCUACAGCAUGUCCCUGCUGCUGUGGCACCCCCACGGCCCCCCCUGCCAGCUGUCCUUCCAGAGCAUCGCCUGGCAGGUGAUCAGCACCAUCUUCCAGCAGCUGGAGGCCCUGGGGGGGGAUGAGCAGAGCCUGCAGACUGUCAGCCUGGUCCAGCUCUGUGCCCACGACAAAGCCUGGGACCUGCUCUGCCCCGACGGCCGAGCCCUGCAAGUGAUGGAUGUCAGCCCCCUGGGCCUGAUGGUGGAGGAGGCCACAGAGAUCCCUGUGCCCAGUGCCCAGGCUGCCAUCAGCAUCUACAGCACAGGGCUGGCUGCCAUGGUGGCACUGCCCGAGGGUGCCAGCAGCCUCUUCACCCUCACCCUGGAGCGGCAGCUGGCAGGGGGCCGGCAGCAGCGCUCAGCCCUCAGGAUCCUGGCAGCUCCUGGCACCGCCGGGCCCUGCCCUGAGCCCCCGGGGCUCGUUCCUCCCGCAGAUACCUCCAGAGAGGAGCUGCUGGCAGCCCUGGGGGUGGCCGAGCGAGUGAAGGGCUUGGCCAAGAGCGUCUCGGCCACCGCCUGGGACCCUGCGCAGGAGCUGGCGGCGCGGCGCGGGGAGCUGCGAGGGCUGCGCAGGGAGCUGCUGGCUGCGGCUGCUGGCCCCCAGCAGGAGGUGGCCCUGGCACAGCUGCGGAGAGCCCUGAGGGAGCUGAAGGCCCAGGUCUACACAGUGCAGGACCAGCAGCCCGGGACACAAACCCUGCCCGGUGCCAGCCUGGAGCCAAGAGGGACAGGGCAGGGGCACAGGGCUGGGGCCCACGCCUGGGUGGCUGAGAAGUGGGCGCAGAGCAUCGCUUCCCGCGGUGGGAAAAGGAUCUGCCGGGGCUGGGAGAGGCUUCCCUCCCUCUCCCCCUGA